AUGGAUGACCCAUCAGUAGACAGUUUCUCUCUUGUGCAUGACCCUCGUAUUGCCAUGCACAGCAAUCUCAACUCAGACAGCUCAUCUCCUGCCAAGUUAUUAUAUUCCAAGUCAAAGGUCUAUAUUCAUCCCUCUGCAAAUUCAGCCGAUGCAAUUCCGGGCUAUUUGUCUGUUGUUGAACAAGCAUCCCGUGCCUAUCUCGUGGCCUGGACACCUGAAGCAUUGAUACCUUCAAAAGACAUGGAAGCAUUUGUACAAGUGGACUGUAACCCCGAAGAUUCCACUGAAGAGGCACCGAUGAUUCCAUCCAUUGGCUACGUACCCGAGGAAUACGCUCUUUAUGCCAUAUCAUCUCCACUGCAGGAAAUUCACUCGCUUCUUAUUCGACCACCUUCUCUCACGAAGUGGUACGGAAGUGUUAUCCUUAAUUUCAAAGAUGGUCACUCGUCUGCUCCACUUUGGUUUCAUGAUGAUGAGAGCAAGAGUACUAUGCUUCAGAAAAAAACCCAGGGUGGAAAGUUUGCUGAUGAUGACAAUCAGAACACAAGUCCACAGAUAAGAUGGGGAGGUGAUGAAUUUGUUGACCGUCUGAGCCAAUUGACAAGUGUUGUCAGAGCUGCGCACCAGCCACUAUUGUAUUGGGUCGGUAAGAAAGAAGAGCCAAAAGAACAAGAAUUUUCCGAAAAGGGUGAACAAAGCCAUGUAAAAGAAGUACCUGCUCAGAAGAUCAAUGAAAAGAAUAAAGCUGAAGAACCCAAAGCAAGUGUGUUUGAAUCUGCUCAGAUGGAUCCAAUUGUCGCUGCAUUGAAAGAGGCACGGUGGAGUAUUCUUGAAAGAUUGUCAAGAGUUACAAAGUUCUCUCGUGAUACAGCAGGACACCCUUCGUCUCGUCCUAUUGUGGCUAUGCUUCCUCCAGAAAUUCAGGAAAUGUGCAAUAAUGAGACAGUCAAACAAACUAUUGAUGACUAUGACUCUGCACGUAUUUAUCUCGCCAAAUGGGCAGCUGGUCUUGCUGCUCAAUCAGAACAGUCAGCACCAGUAGAAACACGAUACCGUCAUGUAGGAGUAUGGGGUCAUGAUGGCUGGGAAGAAGACACGGCUCUUGGUGUAUUUGAAGUACUCAACUCUGAAAACGAUUUCUCUAUCCCGACUCACACAAGAACUAGUCCAAUUACCAGACAACAAUGGGAUUCAUUCUUUAACGAGAGUGGCAGAUUGAGUGUAGGUGAACCAUUUAUGCGACGUAGCAUAUUCUGCGGAGGACUUGAUCCAUCUGUUCGACAUGAAGCAUGGCUCUUUUUAACGGGGGUAUACUCAUGGAACUCUACCAAAGAAGAACGUGCUACUCUUCUCAAACAAAAAAAAGCUGAAUAUGCAAAAUUAAAGAGUCAAUGGGCGGAUAAUGAAGAGUAUCAAAAAGAUCCUACCUUCCAGGAUCAAAAACACAGGAUUGGUAAGGAUGUUCAUCGCACUGAUAGAACAGUUCCUAUGUAUGCCAAUGAAGACAUGCCCAACCCAGAUCCUCUUAUGCAUGUCGGUACCAACCAAAAUCUUGAGACACUCAAAGACAUCCUUUGCACUUACAAUAUACACAACACGGAGCUUGGUUAUGUUCAAGGCAUGUCUGAUCUAUUAUCUCCACUUUAUGCUGUUCUGGAAGAUGAAGCACUUUCCUUCUGGGCAUUUGUUGGUUUUAUGAACCGCAUGAAAUCCAACUUCUUUAUGGAUCAAUCCGGAAUGCAUAAGCAGCUAUUAACUCUUGAUGGGCUCUUGCAAUUUAUGGAUCCAAGUCUCUAUAAGCAUUUCGAACGCACUGAUAGUGAUAAUCUUUUCUUCUGUUUCCGAUGGUUGUUAGUCUGGUUUAAGCGUGAAUUUGCUUGGGACGAUACCCUUAGAUUGUGGGAAGUAUUAUGGACAGAUUAUCUUACCGAUCAGUUUCAUUUGUUUGUGGCGGUAUCUAUUUUGGACCAGCACCGAGAUGUAAUCAUCGACUAUCUUAAAAACUUUGAUGAAGUUCUCAAGUAUAUCAAUGAUCUUUCAAUGACCAUUGACUUAAAAGAAACCCUGCAGCGAGCAGAGAUAAUAUUCUAUCAGUUUAAGCAGCGUGUGGAAGCAGUAGAAAACAAGCGUGAUACAUUAAAGAAAACAAUAGGGCAGCGUAAAAACACUCCCAAUGAACAUCUGGAAGAUAAAUUGCCAAUUGUUAAUGAAUUACUUAAGGGCUUGUUGAAAUCACAAACACAAGGAAAUUGAUUAUAUUAACAGAAAGAGAAAAGUGUAAAUAAACAGAAACCCAUUUUCAAAACCC